CGCCCGCGGCCGCGGCGCCCCCGGGGCCCACGAUGAUGGCGGAGCAGGUGAAAUGCGCCUCGACAGGGGGCGGCUCCGGAGCGGGCUCCGGGCCGGUGGUGAACGCAGAGCUGGAGGUGAAGAAGCUGCAGGAGCUGGUGCGCAAGCUGGAGAAGCAGAACGAGCAGCUGCGGAGCCGGGCGGCGAGCGCGGCCGCCGCCCCGCACCUGCUGCUGCUGCCGCCGCCGCCGCCGCCCGCCGCGCCGCCCCCCGCCGGGGCCUGCAGCCCGUUGGGUCCCCGGAGCCCCCCGGCCGCCGCCGCCGCCGCCUCGGGGGGCCUGGGGCUCGGGCUGGCGCUGGGCGCCGGGGGCGGCUGCGGCGGCGGCGGCGGCUCCAGCCCCGCGUUCCCGGGCACCUUCUGCCUGCCCAGCCCGGCACCCUCCCUGCUCUGCAGCCUGGCACAGCCCCCCGAGGCGCCCUUCGUCUACUUCAAGCCGGCGGCGGGCUUCUUCGGCGCGGGCGGCGGCGGGCCGGAGCCGGGGGGCGCGGGGACGCCGCCGGGGGGAGCCCCCGCGCCGCCCUCGCCGCCCCCGACGCUGCUGGACGAGGUGGAGCCGCUGGACCUGGAGAGCGUGGCCGCCUGGCGGGACGAGGACGACUGCACCUGGUUAUACGUUGGCUCUUCAAAGACAUUCACAUCAUCAGAGAAAUCCCUGAGCCCUUUGCAGUGGUGUAGACACGUCCUAGAUAACCCGACUCCAGAGAUGGAAGCAGCAAGGCGUUCCCUGUGCUUUAGACUGGAGCAAGGUUACACCUCCAGGGGCUCCCCACUCAGCCCCCAGUCCUCUAUAGACAGUGAGCUGAGUACUUCAGAAUUGGAAGAUGAUUCUAUCUCCAUGGGAUAUAAGUUACAGGAUCUCACUGAUGUUCAGAUCAUGGCUCGUCUCCAAGAAGAAAGUCUCAGGCAAGAUUACGCUUCCACUUCAGCAUCUGUGUCCAGAAAUAGUUCCAGUGUUUCAUUGAGUUCAGGAAAAAAGGGGACAUGUAGUGAUCAAGAAUAUGAUCGAUUCAGUCUGGAGGACGAGGAAGAAUUUGAUCAUUUGCCACCACCUCAGCCCCGUCUUCCAAGAUGUUCACCUUUCCAAAGAGGAAUUCCCCAUUCACAGACUUUCUCCAGCAUUCGGGAAUGUAGGAGGAGCCCCAGUACCCAAUACUUUCCCUCAAAUAAUUACCAGCAGCAACAGUAUUACUCACCUCAAGCCCAAACUCCAGAUCAGCAACCAAAUAGGACCAAUGGAGACAAGCUCCGAAGAAGUAUGCCUAAUCUAGCUCGGAUGCCAAGUACAACUGCUGUCAGCAGCAGUGCAAGUUCUCCAGUCACCGUGAGAAAUAGUCAGAGUUUUGACUCGAGCUUGCAUGGCGCUGGAAAUGGGAUUUCAAGAAUACAGUCUUGCAUUCCAUCCCCAGGACAGCUUCAACACAGAAUCCACAGCGUGGGACAUUUCCCUGUGUCUGUGCGACAGCCUCUUAAAGCCACGGCCUAUGUGAGUCCCACUGUUCAAGGUGGCAGCAGCAUGCCCGUAUCCAAUGGCCUCCAAUUGUACGCCAGCACGGGGAUCCCCACCCCAAACAAGGCUGCGGCAUCUGGGGUGAUGGGCCGCAGCGCUCUUCCAAGACCUUCACUGGCAAUAAAUGGGAGUAACCUUCCUCGAAGCAAAAUUGCACAGCCUGUUCGGAGUUUCCUUCAGCCUCCAAAGCCUCUGUCUUCGCUCAGCACCCUGAGGGAUGGAAGCUGGAGAGACGGUUGCUACUGAUGCGGUUGCACGCGCCCUUGGAGCCCAGGAAAGGAGUGGAAAUGAGGGUCGAGUUACCUAGCUGGCUAGGUAACCGUGAACGUCGGGAUAUUCUUUCCCUUCUGCAUUUUAACAUAUUUACUGCAUUGUUUUUCAACGGACCGAGCGCCAGAGACUAAUGAUUGCACUUAAUUAUUUGCCUGAGAGAAUACCGCCCCAAUCUCACAUCCAUGGCUGCGGUAUCGUGACACUUAGAUCUAGGAGGUUUUUUGUAGAACUGCUAUGUCCCUGAACACUUUUUGAGAGAAUUGAGAUGUAUCAAUAAUGCUUUCUUUGCCAUGAUUUUUUUUUUUUACAGUAACUUGUUCCAUAUACUUACGUGUUCUAGACAUCCUUUCCUUAUGUGUUCUGUUUUUUAAUACAUGGCAUAUUUACAACUAGGUUCUAUAAUUUAUGCUUUGAAAUUUACUUUUUUAUAGUUUACAGGAAUUUUAUUUUUUGUGCCUAUUUCUUUUUACACCUACGUGAACCACUAUGGAGCAACUUAAAUUUUGUGCCAUAAAAAUAUUUUUGUGGUAAGGUACUAUUUUUUUAGCUCUAGGGAUAGAUCAGUGAAAAUCCACCAUACACUUUGAAAGACCUAAUUUUAUGUUGAACGAGCACAAUAUAAGCUGAAGCAUUGCAAGGAGACAGCCAGACAGCAGUUAGAUCGUCAUGUCUUUUUCAUUGUUAAUUUAUUGUCCUACAUGGGUUUCAGAUUUAUAAAGGCAUCACAGGCUCAUUGCACUUAAUACCUGCAAUGUUUGCUCCUGUACCAUGAUUGAUUUUCAAUACUUUAUUACAGAGGAUGAGAAACUGUAAUGUUUUAUUAACAAUGCUUCUGGAAAUGGAUGCAUUUUAAAGCAAAUAAAUCUUUUUGAUAGACCUUUUACAAAACCCAUUUGCACUAAUGAAUGCUUUCUUAUGGUAUAUGACUUAAUAUUUGUUACUGUGUACACUGCUCUUUUGGAAUGUUCAGAAAUAAAGACUAUUUCAGCAAUA